AAAAAUUAUUUUGAGACAGUAUCUUGCUAAGUUGCUAAAUUGCCCAGGCUAGACUUGAAUUAUUGAUCCUCCUGCCUCAGCCUUUCAGAGUGCUGGGAUUACAGUAUAUACCACCACACCCAGCUUCUUACACAGGUUUUAUUUUUACUUCAAUCCUUAUGCUGUUUUAGUCUCCUACAAUGAGGAAAUUGAGGGUUGGCUCUCAUGUACUGAUAAAGGAAGAAGCUGAAAGAUAGUCUACAUCUGUCUGACCUGAAAGUGUAGUGUUAACUUAGACCUCGUAUUGCCUCAAGAGCACCUUUUCCUCUUGGUAGUCAGUGUUGCUGUCACAGGUGGAAUGCACACCGUUUACGAGUACAUAGAAUGACUCCACUACUUUAUGGCUGUAUUCUUUCAACCAUCCUCAUUGGUUUCUUGCUCUUGAGCUGAUCAUUUCAGCUGCCACCAGCAAGGUUGCCCCCUUCUUUGGAGGCUAACCUAGUCUAGGUCUUUAUUUGCAAUUCUAGUUUCUUCUAAGACCCUAUUACUUGUAAUAAAUAGUUUGUUUUAAAUUUCAAGUAAAUGUCUUAGGGAACCCAAAAAUAUUUGUCUGCCCCUUUACUUUGGAGCUCCAUAAGAGCUGGAAUUGAGGUGGAUUCAUUUUUAUGUCUUCAGGGCAAAAUGGGCCCUCAGUAAGUUUGACUGAAUGAAUCAAUCAAUGCCUCUGGGCAGUUAUUGAUUAGUCUCAGCCAGAUGCUUGAAGAUCACUGCAGUGGCUGUUUAAGAAAUACUGAUUUGGGAUAAAGAUUCAGUGUCAGUCUGAGCAGCCAGAAGAACAGCUGCUGGACCAACACAACUUUUACCUGGUCCAAAGCUAUGUAUCUCAGGGAUCUUCUCAGACCAACACUGCAGACCCAAAAGAUGGCACCUAAACUCAUAGACAAAGUUAACAGUCCUUACCAGAAAUGCUGAGACCACCUAGGCUGGCUUUGAACCUAUUUUACCUUAGUGACACAUUGUUUUUCCAGUGCAAGGAAGACCCUUUCAAACUGCUUAACUGUGAGAUUUAUUAGUGUAUGGUAAUUUUAUACCUUAAGAUAUAGAGACUGUGUUCAUGGAUUUUAUAUGUAUAUGUGAAGAAAAUAAAACUCAAUAUGGCUUUUAAAAUGAGUGGUUUUUUAUGGUUGAUACUGGUGUGAAAAUGCAAAUAGAAAUGAAUUGUACAGUAAGAUACUAUGUCUCACUUUUUCAAUUUAGUCACUUGUGAUUUUUUCAGUUAAACUAUCCUGUUUUAAAUUUAGAGACUUCAUUUCUACUCUAAUAUUUCCCAUUUUACUACUCUGAAGAUGUCAGCAUUAUCAUUACAUUUUUAACCUUAUACUGUAUAAUCAAAUGGCUAAGAGAGUGGACUAUAGGCAUGGACUGCUGAGGUCCUAAUCCCAGCUCCCCAGUUAUUAACUGUGUGACUCUGGACAAGAGUUCUACCCCCACUCCCCUCGAUUUUCCUAUAACUGUAUUUCACGAGUUAAUAAUUUUAGAACUCUUACAAUAGUAUAUGGUACAUAUCAUUGUACAUAAUAGUAUAUUUAGCAUAUUGUACGUGGUAUUUUAAGAUCAGUAGGGAAAAAAACUAAAAACAUGCCUUUUCCAUUAAUAUGGGGGGAAAAAAUCCAGUUCUGUGACCUUCUUGGAAGCUUUCACUAGAACUAGAACCCCACAGCCUGAUCUCCAAGAGAGGUGUUGUGUGCUCACACUACCAUUUUUUUUUUUUUUUUCUGGUACUGGCAAUGGGAAUCAAACUUAGGGCCUCACACUUGCCAGGGAGGUGCUGCGGUGCUGAGCUACAUCCCCAGCCCAAUCAUUCACUAACUUGAUGACCCACCCUGUGGUAAAACUGACCACUAGACACAGCCCCUCCCCUUCAGUAUUUAUAACUGGAUUAGAGAUCAGAGCUCUAACGAACUUUUUUUCUUUUUGGUACUGGGUAUCGAACUCGGGACCUUGGGCUUGCGAUGGAAGCGGCAGAAACACUGAGCUAAAUCCCUGGCCCUAUCUAACGAACUUUUUUCACAGGUGAGACAAUUGAGGCCAGCGAAAUUGUGCUUUGCUCCAGGUCACACAGUUAGCCAGCUGCAGGCCUGGGACUAGGGCUAAUCAGUUCUGGACUUUUUUUUUUUGGUACCGGGGAUUGAACUCGGAUCCUUGCGCUUCAGGCGGCAAAACCACUGAGCUAAACCCCCAGCCCUAGUUCUGGACUCUUUAUAGUGGGCAGAUUUCAGUCACCCACCUUCUUGAAAGCCACAGCUCACCUUCUAUUUGACCGUACCUAGCUCUCAGAACAUUUUUGUCUUUGGCCCACUAGAAAAUGGUGAGCCCUGAAGACAAAGUCACACAUUGGGCGUUUUGAAUCUUCAAGAAAAAGAAGUUAUUCUUUCCUUCCUGUGUUAACCCUCCCCAUGUCAGAAAGGUUGAGGACGUUAAAAAUAAAUAAGGCCUCACUUGGGACCCAAAGGAUGGAGUCCCCGCCCCCUGGUGCAACAGCGAAGACAGAUCAGGAGCCACCUGUCAGAGGGCUGUGGGCGGGGGCCCGAGCCGAGAGGCCCGCAGAAUCGGCAGGGAGCUCACGCUCCGAGCUGACAGCUCCAAGGAGGCAGCAUGGCAUAGUGCAAGACCCUGGCAGCUGACAGCCAGAGGGAGGUAAAGGUGGUCACGGAGACAAGGCCGAGCAACGGAAGGUGGAGGAUCCUGGAGGUGACAGCAAGGAGAGUACGCAGCGGCAAAGGGCUGCUGCAGGGCGGGCCCGGAGACUUCCGUGCCGACGCAGGGCGAGCAGGAACGAGGAAAGGCGAGCCGCGCCGGGACCGGGGGUGCCAUGUCCCGCGAGCAGCCGCCCCGCAGUGACAUCCCCCGCAACCUGAGUUUUAUAGCUGCGCUGACAGAGCGCGCCUACUACCGCAGCCAGCGGCCCAGCCUCGAGGAGGAGCCGGAGGAGGAGCUAGGUGAGGGUGGGACGCGGCUCGGGGCUCGGCCCCGCGCUCACGCUCCGAGUCGUGGCCGCCGGGCCCGCUCUGCGCCCGCCGUGGGCGGCGGGGCCCGGGCACCUCGCAGCCGUAGCCCCGACACCCGCAAGAGAGUGCGUUUCGCCGACGCGCUGGGGCUGGAGCUGGCCGUCGUGCGCCGCUUCCAGCCCGGAGAGCUGCCCCGGGUGCCCCGCCACGUGCAGGUCCAGCUGCAGAGAGACGCCCUCCGCCACUUCGCGCCGUGCCAGCCGCGCGCCCGCAGCCUCCAGGAGGCGCGCGCUGCCCUGGAGCCGGCCUGCGAGCCGGGUUUCGCCGCCCGCCUGCAGGCUCAGUGUAUCUGCCUGGAACGCGUCGAGGCGGGCCCGCUGGGCGUGGCCGGGAGCGCGCGCGUGCUGGACCUGGCUUACGAGAAGCGCGUGAGCGUGCGCUGGAGCGCAGACGGCUGGCGGAGCCAGCGCGAGGCGCUCGCCGCCUACGCCGGCCCGGCCCCGCCCCCACCGCGCGCUGAUCGCUUCGCCUUCCGCCUGCCCGCGCCGCCCGUCGGGGGCGCCCUGCUCUUCGCCCUGCGCUACCGCGUGACGGGUCACGAGUUCUGGGAUAACAACGGCGGACGUGACUAUGCUCUACGUGGCCCAGAGCACCCGGGCAGUGGCGGAGCUCCGGAGCCCCAGGGCUGGAUCCACUUUAUUUGAGCCGAGGCAGCUGCAGCCCACGGCGGCGGGGGCGGGGGGGUUGAGGGGGGACCCAAGGCACCCGGAGGCAAGGAAAAAGCCCUUGUGGCGGGAGGACGGGAGAAAGCGAGAUGGGCGGGCAGCUGUCCUGGAGAGUCUAGUGGGGAAGGGCGAUGAGGAUGCGGGGCGUCGGCGGAGAUGGGGGCGGGGGGCGGACGGAGCACGACGGCUGAGUGUGAGUGGAAGGAACCCGAGCCAGAGAGAAGGAAAGAGCGAAGGCGCUGGAGGGAUUGGAGGACUGCUAAGGAGUGAGUGAUGGUGGCCUUCUCUUAAGAGAUUUGGCCUGGCAGGAGUAGGUAGUCGAAGGUUAAGGGUCCUUUUUGGGAUUGAGAAACAAUGCGUGUAGUCCACCCCAGUUGAAGACCUUUAGGCUGCUAAUUUUUAACCUUUUACCGGCCUUUGCCACCUCAGGUCCCUCAGUCCUACCCAUCCCAGCUUUAUUUCAACCAUCAUUGCCUUGCUUACUCCCAAGAACUUAGCCAUUGCUUCCUGGGCCCUGGCAUUAUGACAAGAUUCCUUGUCACCCAACAGUUUCGGAUUUCAGUCCUCACGGACUUGAUGCGAAGUGAUGACAGGUAGUAGAGCUGCCUCCAGCCUCCAGGCAGCAAUAAGGAUUAUAAUGGAGGGAAAAGCAACUCCAAGUCUGUCCUUGUAGCCCAACUGUGGAGCUCCAAGGGAUUGGUACACUCAGGGGCUUCCAGAAAAAAAUGCCAGCCUUACUUUUCUGGGUGCCUUCUAAUAACCUUUAAGCACUUUAUGGAUUGUGUUUGUCAAGGGACUGUGAACACGAGAAUAACUAUUCGAAUUUAUUUCUUCUGCCUAAGAAGAAAAGGAAGUCACUGACUAGUUGUGUGACUUUGAGCAAAUUACUUCAGUUCUUUGGCCCCCAGCUUUCUUGGUGGGGAAAUUGGAUUUGAGUUAGGUGAUCACUUAAGGCCGCUGCUUUUGACAUUUAUGAUCUGUGCUGUUAAACAGUGUAGAUUAGAAUCUCCAGCCUCGUGCUGCAGUUCAGAACACACACAGCCCUGAAUGUGUGUUGGGGGCUGAGGAUGAGCCCUCUAGUUUUUGGCACAGAUAUUUAAGAGCCUAGGAAGCGUCCCACAACCAGUCUGCAGCCUCAGGGUAUUCCAGAGCCUUUUCCAAACUGCAGUUUACCCUCUGCCCCUUGUUUUAGCUCUGGCCUUCAUAGACUUCCAGAGACUGGGUUCUCUGAGACCUCUUUGGGGAAAAUGAUGCUUGGUAGCCCCAAAAUGAAAGGAAAGAAUGUGGGCAUCCCUUGAGAAUAAAAGAUUAUAGGUUUAAUGAAUGGAAAACAUCAAGCAUGAGAGCAGCUUGAAAUUUAAAUGGCGUCAGAAGAUGGCAAUCAGAUCCAUAUCCUGAGCAAGUGAAAUGGGAAAGCUGGACUCCUCUAUUUACAUUCCUCCCUGCAGUCUCCUCUUCGUUAAUUUUAAUACAGAAGUCAUUUCUUUGCUGGUUGCUUGUUUUUCCUUUCCUCUCCCCCUGUACCUAACCUCUUUGCUUUUCUUUUUUUCAUUGUUCCCAUCCCUUCUCGUCUCUUUUCUCAUUGAACAUGUAGGGUAUUUACAUUUCCUACUUUCUCCAUCCUUGUUGAUCUCUGCUCUUCCUUCUCCCUUUUCUCCAAAACCACGGUUGAUCCACUUUCUCCCUCUGCUCCUUGUAAAGGGAGAAAGGGGAUAAGAAGCAGUUCCUGAUGUUACAGAUGAACAAGGAGCUCCCAGGUAACUAGCUCCCCGUAACUUUUUGUAUUAUUGAUUUCUCGAAAGAAAGAUUUCUGGCUCCUGUUCUUCCUUGUCACUAAGUGAAGGAGGUCGUGCACAUGCAUGUACCUUCACAUGCACUUAAAAUGGAGGAUAGGGCUUUUUACCAUGGCCUUCCUAUCCACAGCCUUAAUCCUUUGAAGAAAGCUGAGAGGACCCCCUAGAUGUUUCCACAAAUUUAAAACAUCAUGUUUAGCUUGGCACGGUGGCUCAUGCCUGUAAUCCCAGCUCUCUGGGAGGCUGAAACAGGAAGAUUGCAAGUUUAAGUGUAGCCUGGGUAAUUCAGUGGCUUGGUGAGACCCUGUUUCAAAAAAGAAAGGACUGAGGGCUGGGGAUUUAGCUCAGUGGUUUCGCCACCUGCUGCACGAGUGCAAGGACCCGAGUUCGAUCUCCGGUACCAAAAAAGAAAAAAGAAUGGACUGGAAAAAAAAAAAGGACUGAGGAUGUAGCUCAGUAUGAAGGCCCUGGGUUUAAUCUCCAAUACCACAAAAGAAAAGUGAUCUUGUAAUGAAAACAAAGAAUUUCAUGUAUUUUGUAAAUCAGCUUCAGGUCAGCAAAGUGAGGAGAAACUACUGGAAGUAACCAGGCAUUGCACUGUUUAGGCCAAAGCCAGGAAUCCAGGAAGUCUGGGUCAAGGUUCAGUAUGUAAUAAUGUUUUGCCUGCUGUGUUACUGUUAUGUCAUAUUAACAGUAGAAAUAGCUCACAUUUACUAAUAUAUCUGCUAAAAUUGUUUUGCAUGCAUGCUCAAAACAACCUUAUGAGUUGAGCAUUAUCAUUAUUCGUAUUUUAUUUUAUUUAUUUAUUUUGGUACCAGGGAUCAAACUCAGGUCCUUGCACUUGCAAGGCAGGUGGAGGAACCACUGAGCUAAAUCCCUGGUCGCAUUAUUCCUAUUUUAGAGAAAAGUCCCAGAGAAGAGAGAAGCUCAGUAAUUUGUCCAAGAUCACAUGGCUAGUAAAUUGCAGAGCAAUAUAAUCCAGUAAUCUCCAGAGCCCAUAUGCUUAGCCAUAAUGUUACUUUUUUUCUUUAGAAACAAAAUGAGGAAGCUGGGCAUGAUGGUACACACUUGUAUUUCCAGCAGUCUGGGAGGCUGAGCCAGGUGGAUUGCUAGUUUAAGCCCGGCCUGGGCAACUUAGUGACUUAGCAAGACCCUGCUCGAGAUAAAAAAGGAAGUGCUUAGGGCGAGGGAUUUAGCUCAGUGGUUCUGCCGCCUGCCUGGCAAGCACAAGGACCUGAGUUUGAUCCCUGGUACCAAAAAGAAAAGGUGGAAAAAGAAAGUGAGGAUGUAGCUCAGUGGUUCAAUUGUAAAGCCACAAGGAAAAAAACCAUUGCUAUAUGUCUUUUUUUUUUUUUUUUGGUACUAGGGAUUGAACUCAGGACCUUGCAUUUUCAAGGCAGGCACAGUGCUGCUGAGCUAAAUCUCCGGCCUAAUAUGUCAUCUUUUAAUAGGAAAACUAUAGUUCCUGAUUGUGCUCUACCUUCCUAUACUCCCAGUCUCCUGAACUGGCUUGGAGAAGGAAAAGCACUUGAGGUCCCAGGCUUCAUCUGUUCUACCAGGAGGUUGUUGCUGUCUUCUGUGUUGCUGUCUCAGCUCUGCAGAAUCAGCAAGGGAUCACUCCACCUAUUUAAACUCCAGCCUUUGUGUACCAUUGGAAUUCUCUCCUGGCCUUCACCAGCCUUCCAUACCUGUUGGUUUGCCACCUCCCUCUCCCUCCCCAGUAGCCUUGAGUGGGUAGAUUGCUUGGUGUUUCCACUAGAAAGCUCCCUGGCUAGGACAGCUGCUGGCUGGGCUGUGCUCAGGCCCUAGUAUACUGUUGGUGAGUAAACAGAAACUUGGAUUUGGGAGAGGGAACCAGGAAUACUCCUGUUCCCUGAGCUCAUCCUGUGUAAGAUAGAGUGCCAUGUGGGCCGGGGAUUUAGCUCUGGUUCUGCUGCCUGCUUCGAAAGCGCAGGGAUCCGAGUUCAAUCUCCGGUACAAAAAAAAAAAUAGAGUACCAUGGCCCACUCGCUCUCUCAUUUUCAGCUUUGGAGGAUAACAUGAGUCUUCUGGUUCUCUCCAUAUUUAGCUGACAUAGGCCCUGGAGUAAGCUGGAAGUUUCCCCAAGCCUGGGCCUGAACUGAGCCACAUUCUUGCACACACAAAUAAUGGGUAUCUCACUCUUUGAACCUGGACUUGCACAACUACCAGUGCGAGCAACCCUGUAAAAUAGGGAAGAAACUAAUACUUCUCAAGUGGCUUUUGUGUGCCCGGUCCCUUUGAGAUUCUCUGGAGCUAUCCCUUGCCUAGGUGCCUUUGAUGUGUACUCCUCCCCUAGGACUUGAGCACUGAGAUUCUCCCUAGCUCAGGUUUUCCCUCACCUUGUGCAGAGCUGGUGCAGUGGUGUUACAAACCUCACCAUCUGCAAUUCUUGUGCGAUGACAUAGUACACUUUCCUUCCUGUCUUCCUCUUGCCCAAACUCCCAGUAAGCAAAGAAUACUAUGCCCAGACAGAGCCGUGACGAUUGGCUUUUCCCAACUGCUUCCAUGCAACCUGAAGUGGAAAUACUAGGAAUUUGGCUGAAUCUUUAGGAGUCCUGAUAGGUGUUAUGUCUUAGGCAUUGUAGUGGAGCGUCCUCUAAUGUCUGAUGAUUAUGAAUAGCAGUUUGGGGUAUAACAUGGCAGCUGUGGAUUGGGAAGUGCUGUAAAAGAAAACACUACCAUGGUCCAGGGCUUGAUCCUUGAGCCAGCCCAACAGGAGCACUGUCCCUUUCCGCUAAUCCAGACCUCGGAAAUCAUCCUGCACCUGUCUGUCCUCUACCCUUCCUCCUGUUGCUUUGUUUCUCUAUGAAUGUAGCUCGUUAUGUCAUAACAAGCCCUAACACCUCAACUUUCCAGUCUGACUCCCACAUGGGUUUCUCUGGAGCUCCUCUGGAUCCCUGCCAUUCACUGGUCAUAGUCUCCGAGACAGGAAAAGCUUAUCUUCAGAGAGCAUUGAGUGCAGGCUCCAUUGCAGAGAACAGGUUCAGAGAUGAGAAGACUCCAGCAGGGUCAGAUUGUUUGUUAGUGCAGCUCAAGAUUGGGUUAAAAAAAAAAGAUUGGGGUUUAAACUCAGGCCUCCUGAUUAUAUCCUGUUACCAGACUGAGAAACAUACCUCAUGCACACAGACUCGUGGCAAUUCAUGGAAAGGAUAAUAUCAAAAAUGUUUCAUUUUUUGCUGCUAGUUUCUACCCCCUUUCCCUUCCAGGCAUAAAGAGGAACGAAGGGACCAAUAGUUUUCUCUGUGUCCCCAGACUUGGAAUUUCUUUUGAUGAUGUUGCUAUAAAGACUGAAUAAUCCACCUCUUAAGUAGGUAACCCAGGGUCAAAAUGAAAGCUUGUUACAUGAAUUCCCCCAAAAACCUCUGUUCUUGCCAGGCUCUCCCAGAACCUCCCCAACUCUUCACAGUGCAGCCCUGUGCACUGGGCCCCAAGCCCACUAGUAUUUUCCCUCACUUCAAAUUUUUUAUGUAGCUGCCCUCCCUUCUGGGUAUGAAACCUCAUGUUUGAAAUAAAGUUGAAAUACGAAAAGAAAAUA